ACCACUGCUAAGCCAGAAGCAAAUGUGAUAAAGACCACCACUAAACCAGACAACAAAAUAGUAAAAUCUACCUGUACAACAGAAGGCAAAAUUAUUAAGGCUACUGCUAAACCAGACAACAAAGUAAUAAAAUCUACCUGUACAACAGAAGACAAAAUUAUAAAGACCACUGCUAAACCAGAAGCAAAUGUGAUAAAGACCACCGCUAAACCAGACAGCAAAGUAGUAAAAUCUACUUGUACGAUAGUAGGCAAAAUUAUUAAGACUACUGCUGAACCAGACAACAAAGUAAUAAAAUCUACCUGUACAACAGAAGGCAAAAUUAUAAAGACCACUGCUAAGCCAGAAGCAAAUGUGAUAAAGACCACCACUAAACCAGACAGCAAAGUAGUAAAAUCUACUUGUACAACAGAAGGCAAAAUUAUUAAGACUACUGCUAAACCAGACAAUAAAGUAAUAAAAUCUACCUGUACAACAGAAGGCAAAAUUAUAAAGACCACUGCUAAACCAGAAGAAAAUAUGAUAAAGACCACUGCUAAACCAGACAGCAAAGUAAUAAAAUCUACCUGUACAACAGAAGGCAAAAUUAUAAAGACCACCGCUAAACCAGAAAACAAAGUAAUAAAAUCUACCUGUACAACAGAAGACAAAAUUAUAAAGACCACCGCUAAACCAGAAGAAAAUGUGAUAAAGACCACUGCUAAACCAGACGAUAAAGUAAUAAAAGCCACCUGCACAACAGAAGGCAAAAUUAUAAAGACCACCGCUAAACCAGAAGAAAGUGUAAUAAAGACCGUUGCUAAGCCAGACAACAAAGUAAUAAAAGCCACCUGCACAACAGAAGGCAAAAUAAUAAAGACCACUGCUAGAUCAGAAGAAAAGGCAGCAACUACCUGUAGAGAAGACAUGGAAAUAAGCGCUACUGCUAGACCUAAAAAUAAACCCACAUGA